GACCAGCUCAUCUUUGAGCCGGCCGAGGGAUGCUCGUACAAGGCGCUGUUUGAGAAGAUACGGCUAAAUCCGCGACUGGCCGACGAGAACAAGGGAGUCAAGCAGGGCUACCGCACGUCACGCGACUUCCUUCGUCUCUCGCUUAAACAGGAUGCAGACGCCGCUGUGCUGCUGCAGCGCAUCCAGGAGGAGGUCGGUGAUUUGGCCACUGGCCGGAUCAUCACGGAGAUGGCCGAGGUGAUGAUUACCGGCAUCGACAUGUUGGCCACAAAAGAGGAUGUGGAACGCGGUCUGCAGCGGGCGCUGGAACGCACAUUCAACGCCAACCAUUGCGAGAACGCCCAGGACCUGGCGUUGCAUGUGUUGACCACCGAGGGUCUUGACGUUCUGCUCUUGUCCGAGCCCUAUUGCGUACCGCGCAAUAACGGCAAUUGGGUAACGGACGAGAGUAAGACGGUUGCCAUCGUCGUCAACGGCAACCGGCUGCCGAUACAGCGUAUCAGGCACCGUCAGACCCUCGGUGUGGUUGCGGCCGACGUCGGUGGAAUCGCUGUGGUGAGCUGCUAUGUGUCGCCGCAGACAGGAGUCCCAGAGUUCCGGAGCAUUAUGGAAAAGAUCGACCUGAUCGUCCGCGGGUGCAGCCGGGUUCUCCUGGCCGGCGAUUUCAACGCCAUGCACCUGGACUGGGGAAGCAGCAGGACUUGCCCGAAGGGCUUGGAGCUUCUCCAGUUGGCGGACAACCUCGGGCUGGUGCUACUGAACAAGGCAGACUGUCUGCCAACGUUCAAGGGGAACCGAGCGGACACAACUCGGUUUCCGCCCAGCCGACCGGACGUUACGUUCGCCAGUAGUGUGAUCAGCCGUCUCGACCCGCGCGAGGACAGCACCCGAGGCUGGCGCGUUCCCGACGUGGUAACGCUCAGUGAUCACCGUUACGUCCGGUACGAGGUUGGCGUGAGUCCACCAUCAUCGAGGGAUCGGGCAGCACGGCGUGGACAGCGCCCGGCCCGCGUAAGCAAUGCCGGUACGCGCUGGAAGACCAGUCAGUUUGACUCCCAGCUUUUCGGGAAAGCGCUGGCCAUGACUGGGUUCGCCCGUCAAGCUAACAGCGUCGAAAGCUUGGUCGAGUCGCUGACCAGCGUCUGCGACGAGACGAUGUCGCGGGUCUUCCCAGCGCAGGACCACACAGGUCGGCCAGCUUACUGGUGGACUCCGGCGAUCCAGACGAUGAUCGAAGAACUCUCCAGAAAGGAGCAAAUGGCGAUGAGGACCAUUCCGCCCAACGAACAGCUCCAAACGGAACUCGCAGCUGCCAGGGAGAGCCUUCGGAAGGCUAUUCGUGUGAGCAAGAACGAGGCGUUCGACCGGUUCUUGCUGUCGAUCAGGGAGGAUGAAACCGGAAACUUUUUCCGGAAGGUCUUCCACUGGUUCCAGGCGGCCCGCUCAGCCCCGGAACGCGAUCCAGCAGAACUGCGGCGAAUUGUCGACGCCUUGUUCCCGGUUCAUCCGCCGGUAGAGUGGCCCGAUCUCCGAGUUGGCAACAUGGCGCCGCUCCGAUCGAUCGGCCUGACCGAGCUGGAGAAUAUAGCAGCCAGCAAAUCACCGGGCGAGCCGUCGUCCUUCCGCCCGAUUUGCUUGCUCGAUAAUACGGGCAAGGCUUUGGAGCGGCUGCUGUUGAACCGGCUCAACGAAUACAUCGAGGAUCCAGAGAGUCCGCAACUGUCUGAGCAGCAGUUCGGAUUCCGGCGAGGGCGAUCGACUCUGCAGGCCAUCCAGCAGGUCGUGGACGCGGGACGAAGGGCGAAGUCCUUUGGAAGGACAAACAACCGUGACCGGCGCUGCCUCAUGGUUGUGGCCCUGGACGUCCGUAACGCGUUCAACACGGCUAGCUGGCAGAGCAUCGCCGAGGCGCUCCAGGCGAAGGGAGUCCCCGUGCAGUUGUGCCGCAUACUGCAGGACUACUUCGCCGACAGGGAGCUUACGUACGACACGGCGGACGGGCCGGUUACCCGCCGAGUAUCGGCAGGUGUUCCACAGGGGUCCAUAUUGGGCCCCACACUGUGGAACAUAAUGUACGACGGUGUGCUAGCCGUAGAGCUCCCUGAGGGCGCCUCCAUCGUGGGAUUCGCCGAUGAUCUUGCGAUCCUGGCAGCGGGGACAACUCCUGAACACGCAGCAGCGAUUGCGGAGGAAGCGGUGGCAGCGGUCAACAGCUGGAUGGUGCGGCACAAACUCUCCCUGGCGCCGGAGAAGACGGAGCUGCUGAUGGUGUCGAGCAAGCGAAGCGGAUACAAAAACAUCCCUGUGAACAUCUGUGGAGUGGAAGUGCGCUCGAAGCGGUCGAUCCGCUACUUGGGGGUCAUGCUACACGACCACCUGUCGUGGCGCCCACACGUCGAGAUGGUCGCGGACAAGGCCCUCCGUGUGGUGCGAGCAUUGCGUGUCGUCAUGCGCAACCACAGCGGCCCCCAAGUGAGCAAGCGGAAGCUGCUCGCCGCAGUGGCCGCGUCCAUUAUCCGCUAUGGCGCACCCGUCUGGGCGGAAGCCUCGGACCUACAGUGGUGCAGGCGGAUAUUGGAUCGCGUGCAGCGCCCCCUGGCCCAGGGCAUCACGAGCGCCUUCCACUCCACGAGCUGCGAGGUAGCGGUGGUUUUAGCCGGAGAACUGCCAUACCACCUCCUGGUGAAGGAAGACGCCCGCUGCUACAACCGACUGCAGUUAAGCCCGGACAGCAGUCGAGAGGCGAUUCGCCAGGAGGAAAAGGAGUCAUCGCUGCAGCUGUGGCAGCAACAGUGGGACGACGAGGCGGCGAAUAACACCAGCCGCUACUUACGUUGGGCCCACCGACAAGUGCCAGACGUGCGCCUGUGGACGGGGCGGAAACACGGAGAGGUAGAUUUCUACCUCUCGCAGGUUCUCAGUGGACAUGCCUUCGUCCACGAGUUCCUGCACGUGUUCGGGUUCGCUCCAUCCCCGGACUGUCCCAGGUGCGCAGGGUCGGUCGAGUCGGUGGCCCACGUACUGUUCCAGUGUCCCCGCUUCGCGGAUGUUCGCGCGGAGUUGCUGCACGGCGUCGACGAGGACAACCUCGGCAGCCGCCUGUUGGAGAGUGCGGAGUGGUGGGACCGCAUCCAGCAAGCGGCUCGGCAGAUCCUCUCCGUUCUGCAGGAGGACUGGCGGGAGGAGCAGCAAAACUUGGCAGCCGCCGAGGCUGCUCAGCCAGUUCCUGCAUCCAGCCCGCCCGAGGACAUGGCGGAGGCAGAGCGGAGACGGCUGAUGCGACGCCGAGAGGUGCGCAACCGCAGCGCCCGGCGGAUGCGGCAGCGGCGUCGGCAGGAGCGGCUCGGCGUGGACGAGGUCGUCCCGGCUAUCUUGGCACGCGCAGCGGCCAAUGACGACGCGGCCGACGACGUAGUGGAGCCGACAGGGGAGGUCGAGGAGGAGGAG